AUGAGGACAUCAGACCGAGAUAUAGGUGAAGCGUGUGGGACGAGGAACGAAUGUGCUGACGAGUAUACUGUUUGUGAACUCGGAGUGUGCACGUGCAAUGGCUCCUUCAGCUAUGAGUACACGGAAGGAGCAGAACGCUUUUGUGUUAUUUACGAAAAUGUCCUGAACAGAAGUUGUAAUAUUGCAGCACAGAUGUGUGUUGGUCUCAAUGUCGUCUGCAGUCCCGAGGGAACAUGCGUUUGUGCGGAUGGUGCCGAGGAGAGGGACGGAAUCUGCUAUACUUCCGAACUUGGGGACCCGUGCACGAAGACCGGCGGUUCCACGUGUAAGACGGAAGGCGCCGAGUGUAGCACUGUUGGGAAUGCGGGACUUGUGUGUAACUGUGGACUACUCAUUGCGGUGGAGGGAGAAUGCUAUGGCGAUGAUGUUUGUGAGACCUGCACUAAUGGUUCCAUUAACACAUGUUCUGGCGAUAGGGUAGAGUGCUUGUUGGACAAAGAAAACUCAAUAUUCCGCUGUUCAUGUCCUCCUGAGUUUGCUAUACUAGUAGCUGGCAACUGUUAUGGAACGAACUAUAGUGAUCCAUGCCCACCCGAUUCUUCGAACGCCGAUAUCUGCACGUAUGCUAACGCGCAGUGCAUCAACGGGACUUGCGGUUGUGUGGAAGGUCUGGACUAUGAUGGCACUGGUUGUUAUGGCACUAACUACAGCGAUCCGUGUCCGCUUGAUCCAAGCGUGAAUACGUGUUCAUAUGAUAAUGCGAAAUGCAUCAAUGGGACUUGCGGAUGUGAAGAGGGGUUACAGUUUGAAGGCGACGGUUGUUAUGGCGACGAUGUUUGUGAGACCUGCACAAAUGGUUCCAUUAACACAUGUUCUGGCGAUAGGGUAGAGUGCUUGUUGGACAAAGAAAACUCAAUAUUCCGCUGUUCAUGUCCUCCUGAGUUUGCUGUACUAGUAGCUGGCAACUGUUAUGGAACGAACUAUAGUGAUCCAUGCCCACCCGAUUUUUCGAACGCCGAUAUCUGCACGUAUGCUAACGCGCAGUGCAUCAACGGGACUUGCGGUUGUGUGGAAGGUCUGGACUAUGAUGGCACUGGUUGUUAUGGCACUAACUACAGCGAUCCGUGUCCGCUUGAUCCAAGCGUGAAUACGUGUUCAUAUGAUAAUGCGAAAUGCAUCAAUGGGACUUGCGGAUGUGAAGAGGGGUUACAGUUUGAAGGCGACGGUUGUUAUGGCGACGAUGUUUGUGAGACCUGCACUAAUGGUUCCAUUAACACAUGUUCUGGCGAUAGGGUAGAGUGCUUGUUGGACAAAGAAAACUCAAUAUUCCGCUGUUCAUGUCCUCCUGAGUUUGCUGUACUAGUAGCUGGCAACUGUUAUGGAACGAACUAUAGUGAUCCAUGCCCACCCGAUUCUUCGAACGCCGAUAUCUGCACGUAUGCUAACGCGCAGUGCAUCAACGGGACUUGCGGUUGUGUGGAAGGUCUGGACUAUGAUGGCACUGGUUGUUAUGGCACUAACUACAGCGAUCCGUGUCCGCUUGAUCCAAGCGUGAAUACGUGUUCAUAUGAUAAUGCGAAAUGCAUCAAUGGGACUUGCGGAUGUGAAGAGGGGUUACAGUUUGAAGGCGACGGUUGUUAUGGAACGAACUAUAGUGAUCCAUGCCCACCCGAUUCUUCGAACGCCGAUAUCUGCACGUAUGCUAACGCGCAGUGCAUCAACGGGACUUGCGGUUGUGUGGAAGGUCUGGACUAUGAUGGCACUGGUUGUUAUGGCACUAACUACAGCGAUCCGUGUCCGCUUGAUCCAAGCGUGAAUACGUGUUCAUAUGAUAAUGCGAAAUGCAUCAAUGGGACUUGCGGAUGUGAAGAGGGGUUACAGUUUGAAGGCGACGGUUGUUAUGGAACGAACUAUAGUGAUCCAUGCCCACCCGAUUCUUCGAACGCCGAUAUCUGCACGUAUGCUAACGCGCAGUGCAUCAACGGGACUUGCGGUUGUGUGGAAGGUCUGGACUAUGAUGGCACUGGUUGUUAUGGCACUAACUACAGCGAUCCGUGUCCGCUUGAUCCAAGCGUGAAUACGUGUUCAUAUGAUAAUGCGAAAUGCAUCAAUGGGACUUGCGGAUGUGAAGAGGGGUUACAGUUUGAAGGCGACGGUUGUUAUGGCGACGAUGUUUGUGAGACCUGCACUAAUGGUUCCAUUAACACAUGUUCUGGCGAUAGGGUAGAGUGCUUGUUGGACAAAGAAAACUCAAUAUUCCGCUGUUCAUGUCCUCCUGAGUUUGCUGUACUAGUAGCUGGCAACUGUUAUGGAACGAACUAUAGUGAUCCAUGCCCACCCGAUUCUUCGAACGCCGAUAUCUGCACGUAUGCUAACGCGCAGUGCAUCAACGGGACUUGCGGUUGUCUGGAAGGUCUGGACUAUGAUGGCACUGGUUGUUAUGGCACUAACUACAGCGAUCCGUGUCCGCUUGAUCCAAGCGUGAAUACGUGUUCAUAUGAUAAUGCGAAAUGCAUCAAUGGGACUUGCGGAUGUGAAGAGGGGUUACAGUUUGAAGGCGACGGUUGUUAUGGCGACGAUGUUUGUGAGACCUGCACUAAUGGUUCCAUUAACACAUGUUCUGGCGAUAGGGUAGAGUGCUUGUUGGACAAAGAAAACUCAAUAUUCCGCUGUUCAUGUCCUCCUGAGUUUGCUGUACUAGUAGCUGGCAACUGUUAUGGAACGAACUAUAGUGAUCCAUGCCCACCCGAUUCUUCAAACGCCGAUAUCUGCACGUAUGCUAACGCGCAGUGCAUCAACGGGACUUGCGGUUGUGUGGAAGGUCUGGACUAUGAUGGCACUGGUUGUUAUGGCACUAACUACAGCGAUCCGUGUCCGCUUGAUCCAAGCGUGAAUACGUGUUCAUAUGAUAAUGCGAAAUGCAUCAAUGGGACUUGCGGAUGUGAAGAGGGGUUACAGUUUGAAGGCGACGGUUGUUAUGGCGACGAUGUUUGUGAGACCUGCACUAAUGGUUCCAUUAACACAUGUUCUGGCGAUAGGGUAGAGUGCUUGUUGGACAAAGAAAACUCAAUAUUCCACUGUUCAUGUCCUCCUGAGUUUGCUGUACUAGUAGCUGGCAACUGUUAUGGAACGAACUAUAGUGAUCCAUGCCCACCCGAUUCUUCGAACGCCGAUAUCUGCACGUAUGCUAACGCGCAGUGCAUCAACGGGACUUGCGGUUGUGUGGAAGGUCUGGACUAUGAUGGCGCUGGUUGUUAUGGCACUAACUACAGCGAUCCGUGUCCGCUUGAUCCAAGCGUGAAUACGUGUUCAUAUGAUAAUGCGAAAUGCAUCAAUGGGACUUGCGGAUGUGAAGAGGGGUUACAGUUUGAAGGCGACGGUUGUUAUGGCGACGAUGUUUGUGAGACCUGCACUAAUGGUUCCAUUAACACAUGUUCUGGCGAUAGGGUAGAGUGCUUGUUGGACAAAGAAAACUCAAUAUUCCGCUGUUCAUGUCCUCCUGAGUUUGCUGUACUAGUAGCUGGCAACUGUUAUGGAACGAACUAUAGUGAUCCAUGCCCACCCGAUUCUUCGAACGCCGAUAUCUGCACGUAUGCUAACGCGCAGUGCAUCAACGGGACUUGCGGUUGUGUGGAAGGUCUGGACUAUGAUGGCACUGGUUGUUAUGGCACUAACUACAGCGAUCCGUGUCCGCUUGAUCCAAGCGUGAAUACGUGUUCAUAUGAUAAUGCGAAAUGCAUCAAUGGGACUUGCGGAUGUGAAGAGGGGUUACAGUUUGAAGGCGACGGUUGUUAUGGCGACGAUGUUUGUGAGACCUGCACUAAUGGUUCCAUUAACACAUGUUCUGGCGAUAGGGUAGAGUGCUUGUUGGACAAAGAAAACUCAAUAUUCCGCUGUUCAUGUCCUCCUGAGUUUGCUGUACUAGUAGCUGGCAACUGUUAUGGAACGAACUAUAGUGAUCCAUGCCCACCCGAUUCUUCGAACGCCGAUAUCUGCACGUAUGCUAACGCGCAGUGCAUCAACGGGACUUGCGGUUGUGUGGAAGGUCUGGACUAUGAUGGCACUGGUUGUUAUGGCACUAACUACAGCGAUCCGUGUCCGCUUGAUCCAAGCGUGAAUACGUGUUCAUAUGAUAAUGCGAAAUGCAUCAAUGGGACUUGCGGAUGUGAAGAGGGGUUACAGUUUGAAGGCGACGGUUGUUAUGGCGACGAUGUUUGUGAGAUCUGCACUAAUGGUUCCAUUAACACAUGUUCUGGCGAUAGGGUAGAGUGCUUGUUGGACAAAGAAAACUCAAUAUUCCGCUGUUCAUGUCCUCCUGAGUUUGCUGUACUAGUAGCUGGCAACUGUUAUGGAACGAACUAUAGUGAUCCAUGCCCACCCGAUUCUUCGAACGCCGAUAUCUGCACGUAUGCUAACGCGCAGUGCAUCAACGGGACUUGCGGUUGUGUGGAAGGUCUGGACUAUGAUGGCACUGGUUGUUAUGGCACUAACUACAGCGAUCCGUGUCCGCUUGAUCCAAGCGUGAAUACGUGUUCAUAUGAUAAUGCGAAAUGCAUCAAUGGGACUUGCGGAUGUGAAGAGGGGUUACAGUUUGAAGGCGACGGUUGUUAUGGCGACGAUGUUUGUGAGACCUGCACUAAUGGUUCCAUUAACACAUGUUCUGGCGAUAGGGUAGAGUGCUUGUUGGACAAAGAAAACUCAAUAUUCCGCUGUUCAUGUCCUCCUGAGUUUGCUGUACUAGUAGCUGGCAACUGUUAUGGAACGAACUAUAGUGAUCCAUGCCCACCCGGUUCUUCGAACGCCGAUAUCUGCACGUAUGCUAACGCGCAGUGCAUCAACGGGACUUGCGGUUGUGUGGAAGGUCUGGACUAUGAUGGCACUGGUUGUUAUGGCACUAACUACAGCGAUCCGUGUCCGCUUGAUCCAAGCGUGAAUACGUGUUCAUAUGAUAAUGCGAAAUGCAUCAAUGGGACUUGCGGAUGUGAAGAGGGGUUACAGUUUGAAGGCGACGGUUGUUAUGGCGACGAUGUUUGUGAGACCUGCACUAAUGGUUCCAUUAACACAUGUUCUGGCGAUAGGGUAGAGUGCUUGUUGGACAAAGAAAACUCAAUAUUCCGCUGUUCAUGUCCUCCUGAGUUUGCUGUACUAGUAGCUGGCAACUGUUAUGGAACGAACUAUAGUGAUCCAUGCCCACCCGAUUCUUCGAACGCCGAUAUCUGCACGUAUGCUAACGCGCAGUGCAUCAACGGGACUUGCGGUUGUGUGGAAGGUCUGGACUAUGAUGGCACUGGUUGUUAUGGCACUAACUACAGCGAUCCGUGUCCGCUUGAUCCAAGCGUGAAUACGUGUUCAUAUGAUAAUGCGAAAUGCAUCAAUGGGACUUGCGGAUGUGAAGAGGGGUUACAGUUUGAAGGCGACGGUUGUUAUGGAACGAACUAUAGUGAUCCAUGCCCACCCGAUUCUUCGAACGCCGAUAUCUGCACGUAUGCUAACGCGCAGUGCAUCAACGGGACUUGCGGUUGUGUGGAAGGUCUGGACUAUGAUGGCACUGGUUGUUAUGGCACUAACUACAGCGAUCCGUGUCCGCUUGAUCCAAGCGUGAAUACGUGUUCAUAUGAUAAUGCGAAAUGCAUCAAUGGGACUUGCGGAUGUGAAGAGGGGUUACAGUUUGAAGGCGACGGUUGUUAUGGAACGAACUAUAGUGAUCCAUGCCCACCCGAUUCUUUGAACGCCGAUAUCUGCACGUAUGCUAACGCGCAGUGCAUCAACGGGACUUGCGGUUGUGUGGAAGGUCUGGACUAUGAUGGCACUGGUUGUUAUGGCACUAACUACAGCGAUCCGUGUCCGCUUGAUCCAAGCGUGAAUACGUGUUCAUAUGAUAAUGCGAAAUGCAUCAAUGGGACUUGCGGAUGUGAAGAGGGGUUACAGUUUGAAGGCGACGGUUGUUAUGGAACGAACUAUAGUGAUCCAUGCCCACCCGAUUCUUCGAACGCCGAUAUCUGCACGUAUGCUAACGCGCAGUGCAUCAACGGGACUUGCGGUUGUGUGGAAGGUCUGGACUAUGAUGGCACUGGUUGUUAUGGCACUAACUACAGCGAUCCGUGUCCGCUUGAUCCAAGCGUGAAUACGUGUUCAUAUGAUAAUGCGAAAUGCAUCAAUGGGACUUGCGGAUGUGAAGAGGGGUUACAGUUUGAAGGCGACGGUUGUUAUGGAACGAACUAUAGUGAUCCAUGCCCACCCGAUUCUUCGAACGCCGAUAUCUGCACGUAUGCUAACGCGCAGUGCAUCAACGGGACUUGCGGUUGUGUGGAAGGUCUGGACUAUGAUGGCACUGGUUGUUAUGGUACUAUGUACUUGGACGCGUGCCCACCGGAUGAGAGUGGGGUGGACACGUGCACAUAUGCAAAUGGCGAGUGCGUUAACGGGACCUGCCUUUGUGAGGUGGACCUCGAGUUUAUGGGCGAUGGCUGUUUCGGCUCGGAGAUCUACGAGGUGUGUCGGGCAGUGCCAGACUCCUGCGAUAGUUCUCUGGAUCUUGUCUGCGUUAAUGGAACGUGCCUCUGUGCGUAUCCGCUCACCGAGGUCAACUACAUUUGUGUGGAAGGUAUACUGGACGACAUAUGUGACGUCAAUCCCGACACGUGCACGACGCUGUUCUCGGAGUGCGCGGUGAACGGCACGUGUCAGUGUAAGGACAACUACGUGCGGGAAGACGGUAUUUGCAGGCCGAUACUUGGAGCGGAUUGUGACCCGGUGCUUAACGGGACGGACCAGUGCGCAGACCCUAACGCAGCGUGUGGCGUGCUGUCGGAACAGAAAGAGUUCUGCAAUAACGUGUGCUGGUGCACAGACGGCUUCGUUAUCGACAUCCAGGACAAUUGCGGUGGAACAUGUGUACCACAGAAGACGUACAGUGAGGUGUGUGAUCCGUCUAUCAGAGACAUUUGUGCCCCCGUGGAUACGCUCGAGUGCUCGGUUAACGGCACGGAGUUCGUCUGCGACUGUCUGACUGGCUUUGUCUACAACGGGACAGAAUGUGUCAGACCAGACCUGUAUUACAACGACACAUGCACGUGCGAGGAUAUCUGCCUGCCGCCUGAAACUGUCGUCUGCAACUCUACCACCGGAAAGUGUGACUGUCGUGAAGGUUUUAUCUACAACGCAACUAGCGGUCAGUGCGAGCGGCCACCGGGUGACGGAAUUGACCUUGGUGAUCCGUGCUUAGCGGCAGUGUCGUGUGGCCAGUACCCAAACGUGAAGUGCGAGUUUCCGGAUACACAGGGUACAGGCAAAAAACAAAAGGUGUGUCAGUGUGACGACGACAAGGACUUCUGUGAGGUGGACGGCGUCUGUGUACUCAGCGCGUCGCCCUGCCCUUAAUCCGCACUGUCGACCCGCCAGUGGCCAAGUCACUUCAGACUUGCUCGACCUACCACCAAAUCAAUGUACUUUACAUUGG